GAGAACUACACACACGUUGAAUGUUUUCUUCUCUCCGUGUAAGAUGAAUUACUGAAUCAUUGAGUAUUUUUUUCGAGCGAAGACGUUAAAUUGUCAUCAAACAGCUGUUAUACUCGCACGGUGGUAUCGUGCACUACCUCACGUUACAUUUAUGCUAAAUUAAAGAAUUUACCUACAAAUUUAUAUGAUGCCCUCACCACAGGUGAAAAACACUCUAAUGAUGGAAGAAAGGGAUAGACGGAGUGGUGUAGGUAAUUCCGCUAUCAAGUGCGAAGUUUCGGCGAUCGCGAAACAUGACUUGUAUUAGGACGCGAUACUGCAACUGGAAUUGAGUACUACUCCCUUUCGGCUUGUGGCCUGACAAGGAAACAAAAUUCACUCGUUUUCAAGCAAGACUGUUUUGCUGUUUUCUGAUGAGCAGCAUCGCAUUUCAGUAUGCAUACAGUAAUUGGAAUCAUCUUUAUAUUAUUAACAAAUUCAACUACAAUCAACUUCUCAAGAUUCUUCAAGGCAGAAUGUCGCAUUGAUAAUGCUCUCAGACUACUCUCUUCCGUGACAUUCUAUAGUACACACGCGAUUAUGUUCAUCAGCUUUUGGAUUAACACGAACAAUACAAAAUAUUUCUUGGACCAAUUGCAACACAUCUACGACGAGUUAAAGGACAAAAACGAAAUUGCUAUCUAUGAAAAAUAUGGAUACUUUGGGAAACGUCUUACGAUUAUACUAAUAGUACUUAGUACGUGCACUGCAUUUGGUAAUUCUAUUAUACUAUGUUUGCCGUACAUUCUUGACAUCGUUAUGCCGAAAAAUGAGUCUUACGGAAUUUAUAUAAUGGAAAUUAUGACCAAGUACUUCAUUGUAUCAGAAAAGUAUUAUUACUUAAUUUUUACGUAUUUGAACAUAAGCUGUUCUGCAGGAAUAAUCGCAUACGUAGCGACGACAACAAUGUUCAUAUCGUUUUUCAAGCAUAUCUGUGGAAUGUUUGAGAUUGCCAGUUACCGCAUUGAGCAAGUAAUGGCGAUCGAAUUGUUACUUGACAUUAAUACGAAAAAUGAGAUUCUAAUUUACAAAAAGUUGAUCUAUGCCGUAGACAUACAUCGCAAAGCUAUGGAAUUCGCAAAAUAUUGCUUGAAUAAACUUGAAGGGUCAAUGCUAGUUUUUCUAAUAGCUACUGUGCUUUGCUUGAGUUUCAAUCUUUUUCGAAUAUUUCACAUUGAGUCACCUACGGAGAAAGUGGAAGAAGUUUUAUUACACUUUACGGCUGUGGCAUUUAUAAUGGUGGCGCUGUUCGUACCUAAUAAUAUUGGACAAGAAAUUACAGAUCAUAGUAAUUCUGUAUAUGUAACUUCGUACAACGUUUCAUGAUAUUUAGCACCGAUACAUAUACAGAAACAUGUAUUGUUUCUAUUACAAAGGAGCAAUAGAAUUUUCACUCUGGAUGUCGGUGGUUUAUUCACAGCAUCUGUAGAAUGUUUCACUACAGUAAAUUAUACAUAAAUAUAUAUAAAUUAUAUUUAUUUAUACAUACAUAUUUAUAAAAACAAACAACUAUUUCAUAUAUUUAUAUAUAUUGUUGAAGCAAGCAGGUUAUUGGAUUACACGAGGUAGAAAAAGACUCAAUAUGAUUUCCGUAUUUAUAACUGAGUUUACUUCACUUAACAUGAGUUAGCUAGUCGAUAUUAGAGACUGAAGAUGUAAGAAGUAUGAGAGACUGAAUAUGAUGUUAUGACAAACGCGGUCGACUUAUGCAGCGCGAAGAAGAAGGAACUUAUGUAACUUAUAUAACAUCCAUGGAAGUAUAGCGCGCGCGCGUGUCAAUCUUGUGCUAAUAUAUUAGUAUAUUGAUAAUGAAAACUUGCUCCAACAUACAUACAUUUAUUAUGCACGGUAUAUCUAAGUUCUAGUGCAUAUAGUACGAAUACAAAAAGAUGUCAAUUAUUUUUAUAUCAUUCCUUCUAUUCAAAAUACACUCCUUUUAAGUGAAUUCAACGCUGAAAGAGAUAAAACACUUUUCACAGCAAUCAGUGUACUCCGUCUUCAGAGUAUCGUAAACAAUUCUAAUAUGUUAAUACAUUUAUGAUACUCUUAUAAUAUAGUUUAUAUACAGGGUGUCCCGCGUACAGGACUUUUCGACUCUAAGUCCACACUAUACGCCAUUAACCAGCGGUAACAGAGUUAUGAGACACCCUGUAUAUAUUUUGUAUAUUUUGCAUAUUUAUAUAUAAAAAUAUGCACAUACUGUAUAUAUAGAUUUAUAUAAUACAUUAUAUCGCACAUCUUGUGCAAGUAAAACAGGAACGUAUUUGUUUGCAGCUGGUGAGUGCAUCAAUAUCUUACUUCACUUUCAUGCACUCAAUGCAGUAAUAACAAGUAAAACUCUUGUGUGAUAGAAUAGAAUAGUAUUAGAUUGUACAGAAAGUUCGUGCGGUUUUUUAAGAGAUGACAUUAAAACAUGUUUAUCUAUGUCGUGGGACUUUAACAUAUAACAUAUAUACAUAUUGUGAAAGAGGACACUUCAACGCAUCAUUUACGAAUAAGAACAAUAGGAUCAAUUGAGAAGUAAUGCAGUAGCUGAAAGAACUGUUCAGAAGUAGUUUGCUCGCUUCAAAAGUGAUGAUGUUAACAUCGAAGACUCAAGAACGCUCAGAUAGGCCUUCUGCGGUAGAUGACGACCAAAUUGCAACAAUAAUUGAAAGUAAUCGACGUUACAUAACGCGAGGCAUUGCGGAGAUACCCCACAUAUCUAAUUCGAUCCUUAAACAGCAUCUUAGAAUACUUGGCUAUGUGAAAAACCGCACUUUCCGAACAAACCAAUAUUAAGAAUUAGUAAUUAAAAUAAAGUAAAAAGAUAUAAA